UUAAAUUUUACAAAAAUGAUUAGUAAUAAUAAUUCAACAGAACCAACACCUUCCUCUUCUUCAAGUCAGCAUAUUUCAUUUAAAGAUUUGUGUAAAAGUUUAAUAAAAGAAGAAACAAAUUUUGAGGAAGGGAGUGAUAACAAUAAUAAUGGAUAUUUAAUGGAGAGAGAAGGCUCCCCAAAUUCAAAAUUACAAAUAAACGUCAAUGAACAGCCCCAACAACUAUUCUCUCAACAUCUUCCCCAAUUCCCAAUAUCCAUAUCAUCAACUAACCCUUCAGCAGCAGCACUUUUUCCAUUGUCUGCAGCAAGUCUAUUUAGCUUAUUAGAAAAUGGAUUUGAAAGAACGCCAAACGGAGAGGAAGAAAACACAACGCCAAUCGAAAAUUUAAGUAAUUCUUCUUUUGAAGUUAGAGAAAGAAAUGAAUCAGAAUUUGUUUUUAACAACAAUGAAGGUAUUGAAAGUGUUGUUAACAACAACAACUUUUCUAACAAUAACAACAUUAUUAGCAUAGCUAAUAAUGAAGAUAAUAACCCUUCUCCAAAUAUUUUUGCUGUUCCCCAAAAUUCUUUUAAUGGAGGGACCCCAAUUGAUCAAAUUUUACAAAUUUCUAGACAACUUUUUGGUGAUAAUAUUGCUAAACAACAACAAUUAAAUAAUAAUUCUAAUACUAUUAUGGGCAGAAAAGGGGGAAAUAAUGGGUCUAGUAAUGGAAGGCAAGAGGAAAACAACACAAAUACAAUGACAGCUUCAGACAGGAAAAGGACAUACCCUUAUACAUUCCAGUUUUGUGUGCUUUGUCAAAAGAAUGUGCACAGCAGUAAAUUGCCUUGCCAUAUUCGUCAAUGCCACGUGGGUAAACCGAUGUUUCAAUGUCCUGUUUGUGACUUUACUUCAACAUACUCUAAAAACAACGUCAAAAGCCAUAUGGUUUCUUUACAUGGAAUGGCUGGCGACCCAAUUAGUUUUAUGGAUGCAUAUGCUGGUCAAGUUGAUGAUUUUAUGAAAAAAUGCCGUGGCCGUCCAGUUCAUGGGCGUUUUGGCAGUGCCAGUAAUAUUAGCGAGCAACCAGCACCUUCAAAAACAUUUCAAAAGAAGCAACAAGCUUUUAAACAAAAUAUUUUGGGAAGUCCAGGGGGAGAUACUGUAGUCUCCUCUGAGGAUGCUGCCAGCAUUAGAGAUGGGGGUGGUGGAGGAAUUGUUUCUUCUCCGACAAAUACAAAUGAAUUUUGGGCGUUAAAUGAUGUGAAUUGCCAAAAUUUGGAUUCUUCUCCCCCUCCAAAUAACAACAGCAAAAAUAUUAUUUCCCGUCGUCGUCAAAUGUCUAAUUCUGCUUUGGUUGCUUCCACACAAUCUAAUAACAAUAAUAAUAUUCAACAAAAACAACAUCAACAUAAUUAUCGUAACCGUGUUGGUUCAAAUGGGCACAGUAAUAACAUCAACAACAAUCCAAACAAUUCUUAUUCUUCAACUUCGCGUUUAUUUAAUCGCCACAAUAAACGCCGUUGUACUUCUCCUUCAAACCAAAAAACAACAAUUUUAGUUGAACAACAACCAGCCGUUCCAACAAAUUUAUUUAGUAAUUCUUCUACGCCUUUAUUUGGAAACAAUGGAGGAGGGGGAAUUGGAAUUGCUGGAGGAGAGGGGGGAGGAGGAAUUAAUCUUGGUGGAAAUUUAAAUAUUAAUAGCAAUGAAUUAAUGGGAGCUGUUUUGGAGAAAAUUACUUCAACGAAUAAUGGAUUUGGAUUCAAUCCCUUUAUUUAUUUGCAACAAUUAAAUGGAUUCUUCCCAACAUUUCAAAAUAACUCAACUCCAAAUAUUGCUUCGUCUAAUGUGCAAAAUGCUAUUAGAAAUGCAAAUGAAAAUAAUUGUGCUAAUUUUAAGCAAAAGGAUUCGAAUCGAGAAACUUUUUCUCUAGCUUCUAUUGGAAUUAAUACUUCUGAAGGACCUCAAACAAUGCUUUUGAAAGAAUGCCUUUCAAUUAGCCAAAAAUUUUUGAAAGAAAUUAAUGACGGAGAAAUGAUGACAAAUUCGGCUAAAAAUAAUUUAAAUAAAAAUGGACAUCAAAAUAAUAAAAAGAAGAAAAUUGGAGAAGAAGGAGGGCAAAUUUAUGAGAAUUACAAUAAUUUGGGGAUUGCUGAUAAUCCAAAUUGCCAUUCUUCAUCAUCAACAACAGCUUCUCCUUUACCUACAACAAAUUUUCAUCAUUUAAAUACUCAUAACAACAAUUUUGACAUUCAUUCAGAAGAACCUCUUUAUUUUCCUCAAAGUCCAGCUUUGUGUAAAAUUUUGGAAGGUCCGGGAUUGGAAAAAACUGUUUUCAAUACUUUUAGUUCUUCUAAUGAACUUAUUGAGGAUUUUUCUUGA